AUGCAUCGUGGGCGAUUGCCUGUGGAUAUGGCGACAAAAACAAAGUCAAAAAAUCACCAGGGGAAGGAAAACGACGAACUUUCAUCAUUGAAACCGGUGAGUGCAAACAAUAAAUGGUCUCAGAAUGAUGACAACGAAGCUGCGAAAGAACAAACUACGUCCUCGAUAACUUUACCUUCUACAAUAAUUAAUCCAGUUCUUCAAGAAAUUAACGUGAACAAUACACUCAGUACGUCUAGUAAUGUUGAAUCAAUGACCCAAUCCAACCAAAAGAAAUAUUACAUUGCACCCCUGCACUGUGAUGAGAGUGAUUUUGAUGAUUCCGACUGUGAACCUCAUUUUAUUCCUAGUUCAAGCAGUAAAGCUCCGAGUUUACUUCAAAGUGGUGCAACAAAAUCGUCAUGUAGUUCUUCGUCAAGUAGCUCUUCUUCCAGUAGCUCUUCAUCAUGUAGCUCAGAUUAG